ACCGGAUUUGGAGGUCAUCAUCAUGCACAUCAUCAUAGACACGUUGUUAGACAUACUAGGGUACACCACCGACUUAUCGGACUGGCAUACCACAAGAGAUACCAUGGAUUUAAAAUCACGCAUGGAAGAUUUGCUUACAAAGGAUUAGGAUAUAAAUUGACUUGUGGUAAGUCACGUUUUUACCGGCUAUGGAGAAGUUGUUAUAGUAGAUACCACAGUAGAGGUAGAUGCUUCGGGAGAUUCAGAAAACAACACCUGUUUGCAGUUUACAAAGGCCAUGGCCACGUAGUUAGUCACAGACAUGGAUUAGGCCAUGGUCACGUAGUUAUUCACGGACAUGUUCACUAUAUUCGACACAGACAUGGUCACGGAUAUAGUCAUGGACAUGGUCACGGUUAUAGUCACGGACAUGGUCAUGUUUAUAGUCACGGACAUGGUCAUGGUCAUAGACACGGACAUAUACAUAGAACUUCUUAUUAUAGUUAUUACAAAAAAAAUCACGGAUUUAGAAUCCAUCAUCACUGGUUCUCCUACGGAGGCAGAGUCAAUAGGUUGACAUGUCAUAGAAAUCGAUUCUACAGUCUAUGGAAUAAUUGUUACACUCAUCACCACAGUAGAAGUUAUUGUUUUGGACAUUUGAGGAAACAACAUCUAUUCGUAUCUUAUCAUGGAGAUGGUCAUGGACACAUAUAUCAUGAUCACAAAAUGCCACACCAUAAGCGUCACCAGUACCGCCAUAAUUUAUUGCUCCACAAGAAGAUUGCCAAUCACCAUGUAAAUCGCAUUCACAAUGUAGCUAACAACCAUGUUUCAAAAAUAGCACACAUAUCUUACAAACAUGUGCAAAACAUUGGCUUCCAGGCGAACAAACAUGUGAGCAGAAUUGAAAACGAGGCUGGCCGACAUAUUGAUAGAUUCAGAAAACUCGUAAAAUUCCACAUGAACAGACUCCACAAUCACGCAAAGGAUCAUUUAUCUGCUGUUGAACAUCAACAUGAAAGACAUUUAAGCGAACGUCAGUAUCAAAAUACACAACAUCUUUCAAACGAGGAGCACCUCCAUAACAAACAUGAACAUCAUAUAAGUAAACUUCAUAGCAUACUUGGUCAUGGUUAUGGUGAUGGACACGUGGUUAGCUACCUUGAUUAUUACAACAAAUAUCAUGGAUUCCCAAUAGCUGACAACAGAUUUACAUAUGACGGAAUAGCUUACAAACUAAAAUGUGAAAGUAGCCGUUUUUACAGUCUUUGGAGUAAUUGUUGGUCUCAGUAUCACAGUAGAAGAGUAUGUUUUGGAAAUCUGAGGAAGCAAAAUCUCUUCAUCGACUAUCCUGGAGACUACGCUGAUGAAUAUUCUCCUACAAAGAUUGAAGUCAAGACAGGAGGCGAUUUCGAUUACAAAAAGUAGACGAUUACAUCUUGAAGGAUACACCGAAUACUGAGUAUGUGAUUACUAGUAAUAAAUGCAUUUGA